AUGAAUCAACACAAUGAAACUCCAAAAAUAAUACAGCCCUUACCCAAAAUACCUCCACCUUUUCCCCAGUGUUUGAAAAAGAAGAAUGAAGAUGAAAAGUUUAAAAAAUUCUUGUAUGUGUUCAAGAAGUUGUCCAUCAACCUUCCUUUGGUGGAAGCAUUGCUGGAGAUGAUAGGGUAUGCUAAAUUCAUGAAAGAGCUAGUCACCAAGAAGAGGAUCUUGGAUUAUGAAUUGAUUGAAGUGCCUCAUAGUUGCAGUGCGAUCAUGACAAAAGAGUUAAUCACUAAAAGAGAAGUCCCUGGUGCUUUCACCAUCCCGUGUACUAUUGGAAUGUUCCAAUUUGCCAAGGCUUUAUGUGACCUAGGAGAAAGCAUCAACCUCAUGACAUACGCCAUAUACAAGAAACUUGGAUUGGGAGAACCAAAGGCAACUACAAUGAGACUUCUCAUGGCAUAUCGAUUGAUCAAGCAUCCUGUUGGAAUCCUCUAUGAUAUCUUGGUCAAAGUAGAUCGAUUCAUAUUUCCAGCUAACAUUGUGAUUUUAGACUGUGACAUUGAUGUUGAGGUUCCCAUUAUUUUGGGAAGGCCAUUCUUAGCAACCGACAGAGCAUUAGUGGAUGUUGAAAGCGGCAAGUUAAAAUUCCGUGUGAAUGAUGAUGAGGUAACUUUCAACAUAUGCAUAUCAAUGAAACAACCAAGUGAUAUCCAUGUAGUGUAUAUUGAAGAUGUUAUAGAUGAGGCAGUGGCUAGUGUGAGCCAUCUGCUGCGCAGGAAUAAGCCUCUUGAGUCAAUACUUGCAAAUCAUGACGAAUCGGAAUUUCAGGAAUAUGAUGAAAUGAUCGCAGCCCUAAUAGGGUUAGGAGAAUAUGCACGUAAUCCAAUUAAGUUGUAUAUCGACCUAAAAAACUGA